AUGUCGACGUCGGCCUCCAGAGCGUCUCGCCUGAACAGGGAGACCUGCAUCGGGACUCGGACUCGGGCGGGGCGGAAGGCUAUUGAGGUUAAGACGAGAGAGGUGGCAAACUCCCGGGGGGGCGCCGGUCACGGUGCGGUCUCGGAGGUCGACUCUGGGCAGACGCAGCCGUUGUGGGACGUCUCCGCCGCUCGCCUUUAUGACGUCCUUCCUAUAUUUGCGUACAGCCAUCAUGUUGGGAAGUCUGUGACGGGGGGGUAUGUGUACAGAGGAUGUGAAUCACCCAAUCUGAACGGCCUGUACUUCUUCGGAGACUUUAUGAGUGGAUCUCCCCGGGCCUCCCAGUCACGUGUCCAUUCUGGUGACCAGCACCUCCUCUCUGUUUGUGACCAUCAAAGAGCCGGAGGGAAACACCGUGGGGCUCAUCACCCGCUGCAGAGUGGAAUGGAGCUCCGCAGUCAGCUUCAAACGCAUCCUCGGCUCAACACAAGUCACAGAGACCAAGAACCCAACCAUCAGUAUCAAGGGGCUCACAGCAGGAGUGCAUUACUUUGUGAGAGUGAGUGCCUACAAUGUGAAGGGAUGGGGUCCGCCUCAGUGCUCGACCCCCCUCAGCGCUGCCCCCUCCAGUUGGAGAGAGUGCAUCGGUGUGAAGUCGCAGUUUCGGAAUCAUGAGGGCCUCGUGAGGAAACUGCUGGAAGACGCCAGAGAACCACAUUACAGAGAAUUCUGCCUA